CAAGCGUAGCCUGGUUUCAAAAUUUUAUUAUUGAAAAGCUCUAUAUUUUACGAACCCAGGUAGUAAGUUGCACGGGAAAACAAGUUUAUACCAUAGGGACUUUUUGUUUACGAAAAGACUAUAAAAACCUUAGAAACAUAAAUAAAAAUUAUAUCAAUGAAGAAAACUUCAAAACUCAGUUAUUCAAAUUAGGAUAUUCAUUUAAACGACAACGACAAUGUCAAGAAAUAAUUUAACCUAUGACAAGUUGAUUUCAAAAUGUUGUGGUGAAGUAAGCUAUAAAAUUGGGAGUGAUUGGCUUCAAUGGGGAAGAUUCCUAGGCUUAAGUGAUUCAGAUUUGAAUAACAUUGGCUCUGAUAAUGUAAAAUGUUAUGAGAAAGCUGAUAAUGUUUUUAAAAAAUGGAAACAAAUGAACGGAAAUUCUUCAUGGGAGCAGUUAAAAAAGGAAUUAGUAGCUUUUAGACGUCCUGAUAUAGUUGUCGAAAUUGAGAAAGAAUAUGGAGAUUCUUUAUCUUAUCCAGAAAACUCGAGAUAUGAAGUUAUUUCUUUUGAUCUGUUUAAACAAGCAAGAAAUGAAUAUAAAAAAGGUAUAUCAGAGAUAUGUUCAGCACUAAAAAAUUAUUACCUUGAAAAUUAUGAAAAAGUCAUUGAAAUUCAUCCACCAUUAAAAGUUCCUGAAAGUGUUGAUCUAAUACAUAAAUUUGUUGAUCUAUGUAUUGUUGAUGCAGUUAAAACUCAAAUGAAUGCGGUUUGUAAUGUUGAACGAAAGGAAUUUCUUGAAAAGCAAAUGAGUUAUACACCAAUUCCAUAUAGUGAAAUAUUUAUGAAAGAAAAAUCUGUUUUAUUAAUAUCUGGAAUAGCUGGUAUUGGGAAAACAUGGUUGCUUAGAAAAUGUUUGCUUGAUUGGUCAAAAAAUUUAAUUUGGAAAAAUGUUGAACUUGUGUUUUAUUUGGAAUACAGAAGGCUUAAUCAAUAUCAAAAUAUUUCUAAUAUUAAUGAAUUAUUAAAUGUUUUCUACAAAGAUAUUUUAAAUGAUUUUAAUAUUCACAAUCAUACUGUAAUGUUUUUAAUUGAUGGAUUAGAUGAGUUUAAAUAUUUAGAUGAGUUAAUAAAUCACACUUUGACUUGUAACUAUCCAAUUGUUAAAACUUUAGUAGAAAUUCAAAAAUACAAACAUGUAGUUGCUGGCAGAGUUUAUGCAAUCGAUAAAUACCAAAGUAUAUCUACAGAGCACAAUGAUAAGUUAACCAUUCAAGUAAUGGGAUUUAACCAAUACGGAAUUAAUGAUUACAUAGAAAAUAAUGUUACAGAAGAAAAAAAAGAAGUUGUAAAAACAACUUUGAAGGAAUCUUCGAUUGCAAAAGCUAUGGCAUCUGUUCCGUUUUAUUUAUCUUCCAUGUGUAAAAUUAUUAGUGAUUCAAAAGAAUUAAAUCAAAAUUCUUUCUUAACGAUGACAGAUUUGUAUGCAAAUAUUUUUUUAUACUUUUUACAAAAACACAUCAUCAAAAACAAUGAAUUAAUUUAUCAAAUAAUGGAAAACGAUUCUAAUAAAACAUACGUUUUAAAUAUUUGUAAAAUUGCUUAUCAGUUGUUUGUUGAAAAUAAAGUCAUUUUUUCUAAAGAAGAAAUUCAAAGUUUUAUCAGUGACUUAGAUAAAAAUGAGGGUAAUCUUUUUGGAUUUAUAGAAAGAAUUGAAACAAAUUUCGGUCAUCAUUAUCAAUUUGCACACUUGACAAUAAUGGAGUUUUGUGCAUCUGUAUAUGCAUAUAAUUGUUUAAGUAGUGAAGAAAUUAUGGCCAAUAGAAUGCUGAGGAAUUGUUUAUCGAUGAUUUGUGGAUUAACCAAUAAAAACCAAAAUUCUUUAUUUAAGUUUCUUACUAACUUGAAUCCUUCAAAAAAAUCAUAUGAAGAAUUUUUGCCUUUGUUUUGUAAACUUGGUUUGCUACGUAAAAGUUAUAAUAACUUCAAUGAGUACGAAUUUCCACUUCAAAUUUAUUACAGUAAUUUAUUCAUUGAAUGUUUUUAUGAAAGUCAAUCCCCAUUAACUGAUGAUAUUAAAUUAACCAUUGAUAAACAACGAGAGUGGAUUAUUUCGAUUCACAACGGAAAAACUUCUUACGAAACUUCAUGCUGUAAUUAUUUUGUAAAUCAUUUAAUAAAAUCUGGAAGAAAGUUAACGACGUUAAGUAUCGAUAAAAAUAUUUUCAGUGAUGAAGAAAAACACCUUUUAAUUCUAUGUUCAAGUAAUGUUCGCUAUGUCACCUUAUUUCGUCCUAUUAAAAUCGAAGGGUGGAAACCAAAAGAUAAGAUUGAUUUAUUGAGCAUAUACAUACCAGAUAAUUUAUCAAAGAAAGAUUUUGAAAACUUUCUUCCGUGGAUUAAUCUUUGUGAAGGAUUAGAUCUUUCUCUUCACGACGACAUCAACUAUAUUGAAGACAUUUAUGAAUGGGUUCGUCGUUCAAAUAUAAAGGAGUUUAAGAUAGCAUACCGUAAAAAUUAUUUUCAUAAUCUCGAUGAAUUUAAAAGCUUUAUAACACAGAAAAAAUGUUUAAUAUCUUAAAUAUAAAAUCUAAAAACAAUUAUUGUAAAAUAAAUAAAAAAUGUUUUAUUUUUACAAAUGUUUUAUAAUAAACGAAUUUUUAUAAUAAA